AUGACAAAACCAAAGAUAGAAAUGAAGAAGAUAGACAACAUCGCAGCUAGGCAAGUGACUUUCUCGAAGAGGAAGAGAGGGCUUUUCAAGAAGGCACAGGAGCUUUCAACUCUUUGUGAUGCUGAGGUAGCUGUCACAGUCUUUUCUGCUGCUGGCAAGCUCUUCGAAUACGCUAGCUCGAGUGUUCAGCAGGUAGUUGAAAGGUAUAAUCUUCAUGCAAGGAUUGACAAAUUACAACAUCCAUCUGUAGAGCUGCAGACUGACAAUGACACCAACAACUACUUUGUGAUGCGCAAUGAAGUGGCAGAUAAGACUCGUGAGCUAAGGAAGUUGAAGGGAGAAGAGCUGCAAGGACUAAAAAUUCGAGAAUUACAGAAACUAGAGAAACUACUAAGGAAGGGUUUGACCCUUGUGUCAAAAGCAAAGGAUGAAAGAAUUGUGAAGGAUCUCACAACGCUCAAGAAAAAGGGAAUUGAACUAACGCAAGACAACCAAAGACUGAAACAGAUACAAAGUCUUGGAAAUCAUCAAGGGCAGUCAUCUAAGUCAAUCAUUGUUGGCAGCCCAUCAAAUCAUGCUAAAGAAUCUGAUAAUGAUGACGCUUCUCUCCACUUGGGGUUGUCUUUGUUUGAAUGAAAAGUAAAUGUUUGGAAGAGUCACAUGUUCUCUUCCAUUAUCUACCAAGACGCGAGCCUUUAAUAAUGAGAUGUGUAUGAAAUGUUACAAAGCUAAUUAGAUAUCCUGUUAUAUCUAUAAUUGGAACUGUCAGUUACUAAGCAUCAAUUUCUCCAAUAAAAGAAUAUAAAAA